AGGCGAGGCGGGUGGCAGGUGUCUGGACACACUGUGGACCAGCAGCCAGAAAGACCAGCUCCUUGCCCACACAGGCUGAGUUGCACUCUGAGGGCACGGCAUUAUGGGAACGCAACCGGGCAGCUAGGACAUGCCAAAGUAGAGCCCAGCUUCCCCAUCACUGACCAGGACACCCAGGCACCAACUCCACAGCCGUGCCACCACCUUCCCAGGUUAAAAUGCCAUUUUUUGGCUGGAUGAAAUGGCCCAAGCACAACUCCUACAAGCCCACCCACUGUCCUGGUUCAGAGGUCGUGACAAAGACGCUGCUUCGUGAAUUAAAGUGGCAUCUCAAAGAGCGUGAGUGGUUACUACAAGAGAUUGAAAAUGAACAGAAAGUGAAAAGAACAGGUGUGGACUACAACUGGCUGAGCAACGGCCAGAAUCCCCACACGACUAUCCCAGCUACUGAGCAAAGGCAGCUGGAAGUUCUCUGCUCACAAGUCCCACCGUGCCAAACCGGAGCGAUUCUCAGCAGAUUUCGAGAAGUUUUGGCAGAAAAUGACAUCUUGCCAUGGGAAAUUGUCUACAUCUUCAAGCAAGUUCUGAAAGACUUCCUCAGCAGCAGUGACAGAGGAGGGCAGCCAGAAGGUCUGGAGGGUCCGCAGCACGCACGCUGCUGUGCUCCUGCCGCAGGCCCCGUGGGUGUUCCCAUGAGUUUAGACAAAGACGAAAUCCCCACUAUCUCCAGCUUUGUAGACAAAGACACCAAGAGCAGGCUCCCCACAUUCUCACACAGGAUAUGGAACCUACCGUAUUACUAUCCAUCCAAUUAAGGUACUUAAGAGUCAGAGGAAAUUUGUGGCCACCUCAGUAGCAGAAUUCUUAAAAGAUGACGAGUAAGAAAAAGUGCUAGGACUUCCUGUUUCUCUUGUUGCAAAGUCGGAUGUUAAAUCCCUGUGGAUGUAGCAUAUGUUUUAAAUCAUGUUCCUUUUUAACCUCUCAAAAAGAGCUAGGUUUGCAUCGGACAAUAUGACUUUAAAAUGUUUACUACCUUUUUUGAAAAACAUGUUUGAUGUAUUUUCUUAUACCUCAGUGUCACAGGAACGAAGGUAGCUUUAUUUAGUAUGCAGUUUCAUAAAUGCUGUGUGAAACCUUGACAUUAAUUCUGAAUUUUAUUAAAAAGGAAGUUUUGUGUAGAAUAAAACGUGAA